AUGUUCACUUUUGCGAUACUGCGCUUCCUGUUGAUGACGUAGUUGUCUUUUUCUUGACUUCAUUGUCGGUUAAUGCUGCCUUCAGCGCGGGAACGGUUUGUAGUGCAGUUCGAGUGGGACGGAAGUUUUUGAACACACACAAAAACCAAACAGAUAUGGAUGCUUCGGAGGUCGAGUUCCUUGCGGAGAAAGAGAUGGUGAAGAUAAUACCAAAUUUCAGCCUAGAUAAAGUCUUUUUAAUCGGGGGAGAUCUGGGUCCCUUCAACCCUGGACUACCUAUUGAUGUUCCCGUGUGGCUGGCUCUAAACCUAAAACAGAGACAGAAGUGUAGAAUUAUUCCUCCUGAGUGGAUGGAUGUUGAGAAACUGGAGGAGAUGCGAGACCUUGAGAGAAAAGAGGAUAUGUUUACACCUGUUCCUAGUCCUUACUACAUGGAGCUUACCAAGCUGCUACUAAACCACGCGUCUGACAACAUUCCUAAAGCAGAUGAGAUCCGUACACUGGUCAAAGACAUCUGGGAUACUCGCAUUGCCAAGCUCCGCUUGUCUGCUGACAGUUUCGUCAGUCAGCAGGAAGCUUAUGCCAAGCUGGACAACCUUACUCUGAUGGAGAUCAACACCAUACGAGCGUUUCUUCUUGAUACUCUCAACUGUAUGUACAAGCUACGGUCCAACUUGCAGUGAAGGGCAGUUCAUGGACUACUGGUAAAAAAGCUCGAACACACACAAGGCUUGCUAAAAAGGGUUGGAUUUAGCAAGACUGGGGUUAAACCUAACAUUAAAGACAGUUUUCUGGAAAAGUGAAGAGAUUUACUCAACUAUUUAAGUUAUCAUGUUGCUCUCCGGUCUGAUUUGUGUGAAUCUGCUGUUUGCAGUUAGUGUAUCAUUUGUUCAUGUUGUCAUUAGGUUUCAAAAUGUAUGUAUGUGCAUGUAAACAGAGUAUAUACAUGUAUACUUGUUUUCCUCAAAAUUUUUAAUCAGUCUUAUUGUGAUUUUUGAUCUUGUUGUUGUGUUAGUGAUUAAAAAAGAUGUUUUCUGGUUUACUAGAAUGAAUGUGGUUUCUGUCAAACAUUGGUAAACUAAACAAUUCCUUCCUAAAAUGUAUGUAGGUGGGGGAAAAACCCACAUUAAAAGGAAUUCCACUCAACUCUUGUUGCAUUUUAUUCUAAAGAUUGAUAAUAUUGGUUGAUAUUGUUCACAGGAUUGCACCGAAAAUGAAUCGGUUUCCUAAUCUCCAGAGCAAAAUGUCCAGCUGU